AUGAUGAACACAUCGUAUUUUCGCAUUGCACAGCUGGUUCUGACUGGCCUCACACUCGUCUUUGCAAUCGCUGUUCUCGGCACUUCCGCACACACUCUCAGCGUAUUCAACAAGCAACAUGAGUUCAAUCCAUGGUGGGCGCCACUAUGGAGCGACCACUUCGACGUCAAUGGCACAAAGAUGCUUCUCGGAUCCGCCGUGGUCGUUAUGCUCCUGAACGCCGUCUAUCUGGUCAUUUCCUUUCUUCCAAACUUCAACCUCGCCACUCGCCCAACAUUCCGCGCUUUCAUCACACUCUGCACCGUCCUGCCCUCCGCAUUCCUCACUAUCAGCGCCGUCGCCCUUGCCCACGUGCUCAACCACAAUUCCCCCGACGUCGACACCAUCCAGACAUGGACAUGCAAAUUCGGCGCCCGAGACGACAGCGUCAGCGUCAAGGCGCCAAGCGACAUCAGCAACGCCGCUUUCCCGAAGUUGUGCACUGAAAGCAAAUUCGCCCUGUAUACUACGCUCGUGAUCUUCUUGCUCCAGGGGAUCACGGUCGCUCUGACUGUCGUCGGCUGGAUCGCCGAACAGCUGGCUAAGCGUAAGCAGACUAAGGAUGCGGAGUGGCAGGAUGCGAGUAGUGUCGAGAUGGCCGCGCCGCAGUUUCCGAGGACGAGUGGGCCGAUUCCGCAGCCGCCGCCUUAUUAG